AUGAGGGCACAGCCUUUUCAGGCUAUAAAUAUCACAAAUUUUUGUAGGUUAAGGCGAAUAGUUUUGCUGGAGAAUCAUUGGUCUGUCUUUGCUUUCUCCAAAUAUGAGAAACUCAAUCAAAGGAAGUUCAGUGGUAGCCCUAGCAAUGCUGUUUUCCAUGCUGCUAAUUCAGUGUGAGGCUGUUCAUUCAAAGCCAAAAACCUAUAUGGUUGGGGACGAAGAGGGUUGGGACUUGGUCAUCGACAUGGAAAGCUGGACCAAAGGGAAAAACUUCCAUGCUGGUGAUAUUCUAGUUUUCAAAUACGAUUCCCAGCAGUUUGAUGUGGUGAUCGUAAAUCAACAAGGGCAUGACUCAUGCACUGUUAAUCCUGGAGCUACAACGUUUGAUUCAGGGGAUGAUGCAAUCCCUCUUGCCUUCGGAGCUAAUUAUUUCAUUGAUAGUGACCAUGAUGCCUGCGCUGCUGGAAUGAAGAUGGCCAUCAACGCCACCGCACCACCCCCAUCAAUUUAGUUUUGAUCUUUUCCCUUUUUUACAAAGCAAUAUGUGUUGAGUUUGCAGCUAUUUUAAGUCUAAAAUUUUGUAAUUCUGCUUUAUUUGCUUAUGUAAUUGCAUCGAUCAUAAUUAGCAUUCGAGUAUUUGAUUCA